AUGUGGGUGCUGUCGCUGACCGGGCUUUUCCUGGCAGUGACCCAGGCCUGUAUAUUUUGUCGCCUCCCAGCCCAUGACUUGUCAGGUCGCCUGGCUCAGCUCAGCAGUCAGACAGAGGCCGAGCGGAGAGAAUGGGCGACCCCAGAUUUCUCAGCCUUUGCCUUAGAUGAGGUGACCAUGAACAAAAUCACAGAGAAGACUCACAGAGUCCUGAGGGUCAUGGAGAUCAAAGGAUCUGGGUCCUCACUUCCCUCAUACUGGCAAUGGCUCCAAAAGACCAAGAUCCCCCAGUACACCAGGGAAGCUCUCUGUGCUCCUGCCUGCUGGGGGAGUACCGCCCUGUACAACUGCUCCACCUGCGAGGGAAAGGAGGUGUCUUGUUGGCCCCGAAAGCGUUGCCUUCCAGGAAGUCACGAUCUGAGGGAAGCUAGGAUCCUGCUCUCCUCGGUCUUCGGAGCCGUCCUCCUUUUGGGUGUUGUGAGCCUGCAGGUGGAGUACCGCCACCUGCAAGCCGAAGGGAACCUGUGAUGCUGACACCCUUCCCCCCUUGGGGUGGGGACCCGUGGCUUCCCAGUCGUGGUCCCCAAGGCUGGCUCAUGCAGACCUCCCUCGCGCUCCAAC